UUCUCCCGCUGCUAUUCAGCGCCGCUCCGGAGCCUCAUUGUUAUUCCGUCCGAGGAGGAGCGACUGGGAGCGAAGCCGCGGCUCAGAGAGGCUCCGGCGGCGGGUCUGGUCCUGGCAGCUCCGGUAAGCGGCUCAGUAAUGAGGAGGAAAGGUACUGGACGGCACCGAAUAUCUGACCCGGAUUCCUGUGAGUGAAGGGAGGCAGGGGGAGGCCAUGUGAAAAAGGGGUGGAAGGCAGCAGAUUUACAACCCCCACCAGAAGAAAAGAGCUUCAUUAGAGGCUCAGAGCGCAGGAGGCUGCUCUGUUCCCACAAUGAGGACACGAACGGGGAUCAGAUUCUGUAAAGUUUAGAGACGAGAACAUCUGAAGCAGCAAACCUGUGAGAAAAGGAAAAUGUCUCGAACCGAGGAGGUGAACAAGAUGACGGAGAACGUCUACAAGGGCAUCCUGGACCAGUUCAACCCCAGUCUGAAGAACUUUGUGGCGAUGGGGAAGCACUACGAGAAGGCUCUGACCGGAGUCACCGUGGCCGCUAAGGGCUACUUCGACGCUCUGGUUAAACUGGGAGAACUGGCCAGCGACAGCCAAGGCUCCAAGGAGCUGGGAGACACCCUGUUCCAGAUGGCAGAGGUCCACCGACAGAUUCAGGUGCAGCUGGAAGACGUGUUGAAGCUGUUUCACUCUGAGCUGCUGGCCCAGUUGGAGCAGAAGUUGGAGCUGGACAUCAAAUACCUCACAGCCACCUUAAAGAAGUACCAGAGUGAGCGGAGGUCCAAGUCCGAGUCCAUCGAGCGCUGCCAGUCUCAGCUGAAGAAGCUCCGCAGGAAGAGCCAGGGCAGCCGCCAUCCCAACAAGUAUGGAGACAGAGAGAUGCAGUUUGUGGAGCUGAUGAGCCGUCGGCAGGUGGAGCUGGACUCUCUGGUGGCUUCAGGGUAUAAGUCGGCGCUGACAGAGGAGCGGCGGCGGUACUGCUUCCUGGUCGACCGGCAGUGUUGUGUCACCAAACUGCUCAUUAACUACCACUCCAAGGUCAGAGAGCUCCUGUCUCAGAAGCUGUCGUCGUGGCAGCAGUCGUGUUCUCAGCCGACCAAGCUUCCUGAACGAGCUCUGAACCUGCUGAGACACACGGCGCCUCAGAGCCCCGGAGCCGCCGGCAUCGCCGAGGUCCUCCGACACGCCAAGAUCGGCUCAGCUCAGCCGGAGCAGCGGCUGUCGGUCCAGGAGGUUCCUCCUCUGCUGAACGGAGACUCCAGUCGCCUCCAGCAGCAGCAGCGUUCUCCUCCUCCGGCCUCCCAGAGCGACGCUGCUCCUCAGGGUUCUCCUCAGACCUUCAGCUCCACCGCCGGAGCUUCAUCCAGAGGAGCUUCUCCUCAGCACACCGACUCUCCUCUCAGCUCCAGCCCUCUCCCAGACGGCAGCCCGGCCGCCUCCACCCCGACCACCUCCUCCUCCUCCUCCUCCUCGGCCCAGCAGGCCUCCCUCCUCCUGGCCUCCAACACCUCCACCCUGUCCCCCAGCCUCAUCCCCUCCACCGUCAUGUCCCUCAGCCAGGUGUCUCCGGACGGCGGUUCCUCUCAGGGCGUGACUGUCCCCAUCUCCCACAGCGCCCCCCACAGCCCGCCGCUGCCCCACAGCGCCCCCCUGAGCCGGGCCAUGACCCCGGUCCAUCUGCUGGCCCCGCCGGGCCCCGGAGGCAGCAGCAACCCCUGGCUGCUGAGGGCCGCGGAGAUCAGCGCCACGGCGACGCUGCCAUUACCACGGCGACCAGUCAGCGAGCUGAGGCUGGGCGGCUUCCAGGGCUCCAGUCUCCCCAGGAUGCUGCCUCUGUCUGGACCUUCUCGGGUGGAGGCCAUGUUUGCUCACACACCUGGAGCAUCGGACGGCGGCGGUGGAGGUUUAGGAGGCGGAGCUUGUUUACUGCACUUCCUGUCUGGAGAUUACAUCACUCUGCUGAUCUCUGAGCCCAGAGACGGAUGGCACUACGGCCAGAACGAACGGACCGGACGAAAAGGCUGGUUCCCGUUCUCCUACACUCAGCCUCAACACAACCAGACGGAUCUCCUGGAGAGCUCGCUCUUCCUAUCUAAAGCCAACAGCACCAGCACCGGCCAGCUGGACAAGCUGCCGGCGCUCACGCCCGAGUCGGAGGACGAGCGGAGCCUCCCGCCCCAGAGGGUCAGCACCUUCAGGCCCCGCCCAUACAGCAUGGCCGACAGCAACAAGAUCACCUCAGAGCUGACCUCCCCUCCUCCGUCACCCAGCAGGCCGAACCCGUUCGCUCACAUCCGCCUCAGAAAAACCGUCACCAACGACCGCUCAGCUCCGAUCAUCGAGUGAGUUUGGACUUCCUGCCAUCUGGUCCGUCGGUCCGUCCAGCCAACGGACUCCUGCUGAUGUUUGUUCUGUUUAAUCCCAUCCGGUUUAUGUGUCAGAACGUUUUUAAAGCAGAUCUACUCUAAAUGUGGUUUAGUUCUGAGGAGGAAGGAGGAAUAAUCGAUGUAACAUCUGCCUGAGUGAGCCUUAAAAUGAAACCUAGUCUAGUUUUUAUGGGCGUACUUAGAGUAACUAACACGUUUUAAUUUGUUUUUGUGCCACAUUCAGAGAGGUUUCUGCUGAUUUAGGGACUGGAUCCUGAUAGCCGAAAGGUUUAAUGAAGUGAUUGGGAAGAGGACAGGCUCCUUCUCUACAUAUACAGGAUUAUAUUUGGUAGAAAAGCUGAUUUUUCUCCGUUUCAAUGAAGGUGAACUUUUAAAUUUUAAGUGUCUUUUUUUUGUUAUUUUAAACCGUGAUUAUUUGGAUUUUAAUGAUUGAAAUGGACGCUCCAAGUCGUUUUUGUGUUUCUUUUUGUUUAGUUCCUGGACAGAGUUGUUCCUGUCGGAUAGAUUUUCUGUUUCUGCUGCUGUUCGGUCAGAUUAUUGGAUCAUUUUAACUCAAAAUGCCAAGAAAAAAACACAUCCUGCCUUAAUUUUGAUGCAGAGAAACAAACUUUAGAGCGUUUGGGUCGAGGUUUUGUUAGAAGAAGUGUUUUCUUUAGGAAGUAGCUUGCUGUGGAGGGUUUCAGGUCUUCUGGAUGAGAGACGUUGGUGCUUCGUCUACGGGUUUGACGUCUCCUCGGUUCCUUUUUUCCCAAACCUGAAGCUCUUGACGUCUGUUCUAGCUGCACGUUUAGCAGAAUCUGAGAGAUAGACGAGAAGAAUGAGGUUUAACGGGAGGAGACGGAGCUGAGAAAGUGAUGAAGAAAGUUUAUUGGAAAGUUGAGCGACGUCUGAGGAAGUGUUCGUGGUAAAAGCCCGACAGUAAAACUCUGAAAAUGAAGUAAUAGUUCUUCUAACUGCUGCCAGUUGCUGUGAACUUUUAGCACCUUGAAGAUAGAAAAGUUGUAGAAAAUCUAACGGCACAUGAACGGCAACGUGGUAGAGCUAACGCCUGUAAAUAGCUGAAAAUGUGAUUGUUUAACUUUUAUUUCCUUUUAAACUCAUAUUUCACUUUGGUAGAAAAACUUUAGACGUUUGAAAACCUGAAACUGUUGAAUUCAGCCUCCAGCACCGGUUAUUUCUAUCAUUACAGCCCUCAUAGUCUUUAAUUUCAAUUUUAAAUGGAGUAAUACUGAUUAUUUUCUCUUUAUAUCAAAGGAAAUCUCAGCUGGAAUCCAGUAUUAGUGGCAGAAAAAUCAACUUUUACGGAGUUUGACAAAAACAAGACAAAAGACAAAACGACGAAAAGAAGACAUAAAAGGACAAAUACGAGACAGAAAACCACAAAAAAAAGACAAACGAGACAAAAAGACAAAAAUGAGACACAAAACGACUAAAAUGAAAUACAAAAAAAAAACGAGGCAGAAAAUGACAAACGGGACAAAACGACGGCUCAGACAAUUCGUUUGUUAGUAAUAUUGGUAAUUUAAAUAAUAAAAGAUAAGAAUUGUAGCAAUAAUUUAAAAAAUAAACAUGCAAAGCAUUAGAAAAUGACAAAACAGUGAAAAAAUACAAUCAAACAUAAAGAACAAAAACUGUAGAAUGGAAAUAACUGGUCAAAAUGAGGCUGUAAUGUGAAAAAAAAAAACUCCAUUGUGACCUAAAAUCUGACGGUUUUCUAACAAAAUCAACAGAAAAUGUUGUUUUAAUGCUUCGUGUUUACAGAACUGCAGAAUAUUUCCAGCUGACACCAUCCUGAUGAAAACAAAGCGUUCUACUGAAGUGAAAUCUGGUUUGGACAUUGAACGUAAAUCCUUAAAGUCCUCGCAUUUGUGCAACACAAAAAACUGCAUAGACAUGAAAUCCUGACUGCACAAGUUGAGCUGUGAUGAGGAAUGUUGACAUGUUGUGAAAUAAAAGUUCUAUGAAAGA